UCAUCGAUCGCCUCCUCCGCACAUCAUUGCGACGACAACAACGGGUGUAUAGACUUCCUCCUUGGUUGUCCAUUUGCCUGUGUGUGUAACGCGUGCGCUAGUAACUGGGGAGAGCAGGGGGAUAUCAUAUGCUUUGCAUCUCAUUGAGUGCUGCAGUUUCGCCGCUGCUUCUGGAAAAAAAAGGGGGAAACAAGAUGGCCUCGCACGGACGGACGAAAGAAACAGCGAGGAAUAUGGCGAUGACCACAGUACUCUCCCUGCUCGUCUUAUGGUUGUGCACAGGGUUAUGUGUCUGCGAGGACGAGAUGUCUCACCUACCACCGGCACAGCAGUCAGCAGCGGACGCCUGGGCGACCGACCAAUCGCCGGACACCGGUGGGAGUCUGCCGUCCCAGGUGGAUGAGGACGGAGAGUGGGGGAGCAAGUUGACAGAGGAGGAGGUUCCAGGCACCGUGGAACCAGACCAAGUGGAAAGCGAGGCUGUGAAUGACCAGAGCGAGGCCCCACAGGAGGAGGAGGAGGAGGGAGGGAUAGGCCCCACAACAGAAAUGCCAUUGGUAGAAACAGAGAUUGCCAAGGUGAAUUCCGCUCCGACGCCAGAACCAGAGGAGCCGACUGAACAGUCACCACAGGAAGUGGGCGACUUCGUCGUCUACUACAAUGGCGACGAUACCGUCUGCUUGAGGGCAUGCUUCGCAGCGGUGUUAAAAGUAGAUUACACUGGCGAAGAUGAAGACGGGGAGAUGGUGAACCAGACGGCUGAGAUAAGAGUCCCCGAGAAAGCGGAUGUGGGUGGAUUCUGCAAUCGCGGUCCCGACGAACAGUCAACCCUCCAGCUAGAGUGGGAUGAGGGCAUGUAUGACUUGAAAAUCACCUUCCAGAAGAAAAACUCCACCGUCAAGGGUGAUCCUAACUUCUGGGAAGCUCGUAAAAUCCAGUUUACCUUCGACACCCGAGACGGCUAUUACUUCGACAAUGCUGUUGAUGCUGGCGUAAGGACAGUCCGCACCAGCCCGGGGGCAACGUUCUUUGCCACCCCACAGGGCAACUCACGCAUCUGCGAUGCUGAGGAUGACAUCACCAUGCUGUCCUCCACCAACACGACAGAGAGGGUCACCUUGAAAAUUAGUCAGUUACAGCUGCAGCCUUACGGGAUGCGGAACGGCACAUUCGGUGAAGGCGUCGAUUGUGGCGAGGAUCUUCUCGAGAACCCUAACAGCAACGUAGCCUCCGUCGCAGUCGGAGCUACCCUUGCCUGCCUGAUUCUGGUCGUCCUCAUUAUCUACGCGGUAGGCCGUAAGAUGGGCGCCAUCAACGACCGGUCCGGGUACAAAUCAGUAGAGUAACUGUCACUGGGUGUGCUUGUGUCUUACAUUUUGUUCAGGCUGCUUAUGUUCGGUUCAGUUGGUAAUAAGGCUCUGAGCAUGAAACUGGGGAUAUUUUGUGUGAGCUUAAAGUUUCGGAAACGUAUUGUGACCACUGCACCGAUUCCCUGUGAAGCACUGUUCGGUUUAAAAUGGAGGCGCGCAAUUUAGUCAAGCACAACCGCCAAGCUGUUCCAACUUACAUUAUACAUGUACUUUGGUGCAGACAUUUUGUUUCAUUCCAUGCUAGGAGAACCCGUGUUCGUGUCUGCUAGAGUUUUUUUCGAUUGAAUGAGUAGAGAAUAUCUAUCUUGCAAAAGUGGUGGGCCUACCCUGACGUCCUCUGUGCUGUUAUUUACGACCAGAUCACGAACCUUGAAUUACUGACCUUGAAUAUCGUCCCAGUCUGGUCUCCUAUGCAGACUUUUGAGAAAAGUGCCGCUAUAAGAAAUAUUAUAUCUAACAUUAGGAUGAUUAUUGUAAGGAAAUACACUCGGCAAUUAAAUGUCUCUGCUUAGUCAUUCUGCUGAGCCAAAAAAUGGCGUGGGUAAAAGUGUGAUCUUUUUUUUCAAGUUAUACUUGUGAGACAAUAUCUUAGCUUUAGGCAACAUUUCUUAUUUCUGUUUACUCAAAAAAAAGUUUACUUUGCGCAAACUUUUAAGUUAGCGUAUUGUAUUUCGACUAAGAAUGAAAGAAACGUUGGUUCGUGUGUGAAAAUGUUAGGCCAGUAUAGCCUCCUCACCUGCCCUUGUAACAGGGAAUAUACUGUCGUGUUAAUACACCAAACAUAUGUGCAAUAACUGUUAGUAUUAUGUAUAUGUACUCUACUGUAACAUAUAGAGAUUAAUCAUUUUAUUGUAUUUAUUGAUAACCUCGUUCCCUAGUGUGUGAAAAUAUUGAUGUACGUAGUUUUUAUAGACCUCCAAAUGCUCGAAACUCUGUGACUACAAAUUUAAUUUGAAUUAAAAACUACUGAUUUUGGUGCAUCUUUUGUUUUCAAAAUGUUUCAUUCUAUACAGACAAAGGUACAACUGUGUUAUGUACAUGUAUAUUCAAACGAAAGAGUGUCUGACUGUCGCUGAAAAUGUUUCUGUUUGGAUAAACGUUCUAGCUCCCUCUAGUCACAGCAAGAGCAAUAAAUACACAGCGAUAUCGUGAAUAUGUACAAUUA